GAGAAGCCGGAGGCGACCGACAUCGGUUUCCGGAAUCGCGAUUUUGCAGCCAUGAGCCAAGAUCUUGUGGCGCAGCUCCAUGCGCUCGGUAUCCGCAUCGCGCCGACGGACCAGAUCUUCCGCACGGGCAGCGAGCUCCACGACGACGGUGGCAUCGGCUCGGCCAUACCCCAAGAGGUCCACUUCAUGAACGCGGAGCUGCGCAACUGCGAGAUCCUCGGCGUCGGCGUCGUGCCAUGCCUCUUCUCGGGCUCGGGGCAUGUCUACGAGUUUGUGCGCACGCUGCGCAAGUGUAUUUAUGGUAAGGUCAAGCACGCCGUGGAGCUGACGCCGCACCCGAACGGCUCGGGCGUCUUUGUGCGGACGAACCUCGAAGUCGCGAUCAAAGUCAUGAGCAAGGCCAUCAUCGAGCAGGGCAACCUCCAGGAGAAUCCCAUGGUCGAGCUCGCAACGCAGCAGUACCUCUCGACGCCGGGUCAUCCGAAUGUUCUGCCGCUGCUCGAGUGCCUCCACGACCCCGAAUUUAUCUAUGCGGUGCUGCCCUUCUGCAAAGGCGGCGAGCUCUUCUCGCUUGUCGAGAGCGGCGGCGCCAUGGACGAAGGCGAGUGCCGGCACUGGUUCGCCCAAGUGCUCAACGGCCUCUCGUACCUCCAACACCGGUUGAUUUGCCACCGAGACAUGUCGCUUGAAAACGUUCUCCUCGAUGGCAGCAUCUCCAAGAUUAUCGACUUUGGGCUGUGCAUUGGCAUCCCCGUUGACGCACAGGGCAUGACAUACUCCUUGCCGCCCGCUGGCGCCGUGGGCAAGAUCUUUUACAUGCCGCCCGAGAUCUACCGGAACCAAGUGCCGUUCAAUGGGUUUGCGGCCGAUAUUUGGUCAACGGGCGUCAUGCUCUUCAUCAUGGUGACGGGUGCGCCGCCGUUCGAGCGGCCCGACGACGUGGACCCACGUUUCCAGAUGAUCGCGACAGGCCGGCUCAACGAGAUGCUCGACUCGUGGGGCAUGCAUCACGUGAGUCGAAGUGUCCGGGACCUCCUCAAUAAGAUGCUGGUCGUCCAUGACCCGCGGCAACGGCUCACGGUCGAGCAGAUUGCACAGCACCCGUGGGUUCUCGGCCAGCACUAAGUACAAACGCUGAGCAUAAUCACUCGCUCGUGGACCAAAUACACUACCCUGUUACUAUUGCUCGCAAGCGGUAAUAACAAGAUAACACACCCGGAAAUAGUCGUGAGAAA